AUGAAUCUACGUUCUGUAUUUACUGUAGAGCAACAAAGGAUUUUACAACGUUAUUAUGAAAAUGGAAUGACAAAUCAAAGUAAAAAUUGCUUUCAGCUCAUAUUACAGUGUGCACAGGAGACUAAGCUGGACUUCAGUGUAGUCAGGACGUGGGUUGGCAAUAAGAGAAGAAAAAUGAGUAGUAAGAAUUCUGAAUCAGGAGCAACAACAGGAACUGUUUCUGGUACUUCUUUGGCCACUCCAGACAUUACAGUCAGAAAUGUGGUUAAUAUUGCUUCACCCUCAAGUCAACAGUCUUCUUGGACAUCACCCAAUAAUGAUGUCAUCAUAACUGGUAUAUACAGUCCAGCCAGUUCAUCAAGUAGACAAGAGACAACCAAGCAUUCAAAUACACAAAUUACAGAAGCACAUAAAAUCCCUAUUCAGAAAACAGCCAGUAAAAAUGAUACUGAGUUUCAGUUGCACAUUCCUGUUCAAAGACAAGUAGCACACUGUAAAAAUGCCUCUUUAGUCUUAGGUGAAAAAACAAUUAUUUUGUCAAGACAGACAAGUGUGCUAAAUGCUGGGAAUUCUGUAUACAAUCACACAAAAAAAAACUAUGGAAGCUCUUCAAUGCCAGCCUCUGAGAUGACGGUACCUCAAAAGCCAUCUGUGUGCCACCGACCUUGCAAAAUUGAACCAGUUGGAAUUCAAAGAUCAUAUAAGCCUGAACACACAGGUCUAUCAUCACAUAACUUAUGUGGGCAAAAACCAUCUGUUAGAGACCCUUACUGCAGAACACAAAAUUUGGAAAUCCGUGAAGUAUUUUCACUGGCAGUUAGUGAUUACCCACAGAGAAUUCUGGGAGGAAAUACCCCACAGAAGCCUCCUAAUUUGACAGAAGGAACUUGUUUGUCCAUUGCAAUGGAGACUGGAGAUGCUGAUGAAGAGUAUGCCAGAGAGGAAGAAUUGGCAUUGAUGGGAGCACAGAUACCAAGCUACUCAAGAUUUUAUGAAAGUGGCAGUUCCCUUCGAGCUGAGAACCAAAGUGCAGCUUUGCCUGGACAAGGAAGAAAUAUGCCAAAUUCACAAAUGGUGAAUAUUAGAGACUUGUCAGACAAUGUACUGUAUCAGAACAGAGAAAACCAUUUGACACCACGGACCUCAUUACAUACAGCAUCUACUGCAAUGUACAGUAAUACAAAUCCAUCACGAAGUAAUUUUUCUUCACAUUUCGCAUCAUCACACCAAUUGAGGUUAUCACAAAACCAAAACAAUUACCAGAUUUCAGGAAACCUUACUGUGCCUUGGAUUACAGGGUGUUCUAGAAAAAGAGCACUACAAGAUCGCACUCAGUUCAGUGACCAAGACUUAGCCACUCUUAAGAAGUACUGGGACAAUGGCAUGACCAGCCUUGGCUCUGUUUGUCGAGAAAAAAUUGAAGCAGUUGCAACUGAAUUAAAUGUUGACUGUGAAAUAGUUCGGACAUGGAUUGGGAAUCGAAGAAGGAAAUAUCGUUUAAUGGGGAUUCAAGUUCCACCUCCAAGAGGAGGCCCUGCUGAUUUUUCUGAGCAGCCCGAAUAUGGUUCUUUGUCUGCACUCACACCAGGAGAGGAAGCUGGUCCUGAAGUAGGAGAGGAUAAUGACAGAAAUGAUGAAGUAUCCAUCUGUUUGUCUGAAGGAAGUUCUCAAGAGGAGUCAAAUGAAGUUGUUCCAAAUGAGGCAAGGGCUCAUAAGGAAGAGAACCACCAUGCAGUAUCUGCAGAUAACGUGAAAAUAGAAAUUAUUGAUGAUGAAGAAAGUGAUAUGAUAAGUAAUUCUGAAGUAGAGCAAGUGAAUUCUUUCUUGGAUUAUAAGAAUGAAGAAGUCAGAUUCAUUGAAAAUGAGUUAGAGAUUCAGAAGCAAAAAAAUUUUAAACUUCAGACAUUUGUAAGAAGCUUGAUACUAGCCAUAAAAGCUGACAAUAAGGAACAACAACAGGCAUUGCUGUCAGAUUUACCUCCUGAAUUAGAAGAGAUGGAUUUCAAUCAUGCCUCGCCGGAGCCUGAUGAUACCUCAUUCAGUGUGUCUUCUUUAUCAGAGAAAAAUGCCUCAGACAGUUUGUGA